AUGCAACUUAAAGUUCUGACCGUUUCCCUCUUGGCCGCCCACGUUCUGGCCCAAGAAACUAGUACCUCAACAGCUGGUGAGACUGGUGCUUCCACAGUAACCGUUGGUGCUUCCAACACAGGGGCCUCAACUGUGACUGUUUCAGGGUCUGGCUCCGAUGCAACUGUAUCUCCUACAUCGACAGUUACUGCUGGUUCCGGAGAAUCUGAUAGCAGUGCCAGCAGUGCCAGCAGUGCCAGUAGUGCCAGCAGCGUUAGCAGUGCCAGUUCUGGUUCUGAAUCAGCAGUCUCUACAGAAACCGUUGGCACCAGCAGUGGCGAUAGUGCUUCUGGGAGUGGGUCAGCCGUAUCAACUGAGACUGUUGGUACCAGUGGUAGUGCCAGUGCAAGUGAAUCUGGAAGCAGCAUUUCUGGCUCUGGAUCAGCUUCAGCAUCGAGCACUGGUGGUUCUGAUGGAGCAGCUGCCGGAGCUGGAGCUGGAGGUUCUAGCAGUAAUGGCUCAGCUUCUGGUAGUGCUUCUGAGACUGGUAGUGCCUCUGGUAGUGCCUCGGAGUCAGGGUCUUCAGCCUCUGGAAGUGCUUCUGGAAGUGCUUCUGAAUCAUCAAGCAUCACGAGUGGCUCUGGGUCUGCUUCUGAGACUGCAACAAGUGCUUCUGGAUCUUCUGGAUCUUCUGGAUCUUCUGGAUCUGGGACUGGUGCUUCGGUUACUUCAAGAAUUGCCUCUGGAGCUAGCAGUGUUGCUUCUGGAGCAUCAAGUGUGGCCAGCAGCUUAAGAAGCCAAGCUACCAGUGCUGCAUCCACAUCAGCUGGCGCACCAAUCAACUACGUGUUUAAUGGAGGUAUCAUUGGGGCUGCUGUUGGAGCUGCGCUAUUUCUUUAA